CGUGUCACGGGAUGAAGACAAGACAAUGAAGACAAUGAACACCAUAAAGAAGAAGUAGAUAUGAUCGUGUGUAGUUAUUGACGUGAUGUCCUUGGAAGCGGCGUCGGGGAUGGAUAUUGACGGCGAGGUCGGGCGUGACGGUCUGUCGACGGCAGAGAGGACGACUGUCACUGCGGAGGUGAAUGUCGUCCUUUUCCGUUGCCAAAUCGCGAGCAGAGAGGGGAAGUUCAAAGCGGCCGUUCGUGCACGCCGCAAGCUGUCUGCGCUGCCGACGAGUGGCCAGUGCUUGGACGUCGGUGCCAUUUCUGACGCGGUGCUGCAGGUCUGCUACUCGAUGGGGUGCGGCGCGUUUCCACGGGCGACUCCAAGGUGGUGGAUGAAGCGGCGGACGGGAGGUACGUGGGAGGAUCUGCGGCAAUGUGAUGAUGCGACAGAUGAGUACUUCAAGGACAAGCUUCGAACAUCGCCGCGUGUUUUCCGCGAGAUCGCGGAGACUCUUUCCCCACUCCUGCAACGCCGUGUGACGUUCUACAGGGUGCCCUUGCAGCCGGACCACAUCAUCGCCUACGCUCUGUCUUCCGGCAUCACGGCGGUGCGGGACGUCACUGCGGCAUUGCUUACUGCGUACCCCGAUAAGAUAUCCUGGCCCACAGGUUUGCAGAAGGCGGUCGUCUUGCGCGCCUUCGCAGACAAGGGUUUUCCAAACUGCCAUGGGUGCAUCGACUGCACCCAAAUCUAUAUCGACAAGCCCGCCAACGCCAACAGGGAGGACUACUGCGACAGGAAACGUCGAUUCUUCGUGCAGGCGCAGGUGGUCGUCGACAUGAACUUGCGUGUGCUCGACGUCUUCGCCAGUUACCCGGGCAGUGUGCAUGACAUGAGGAUGCUGAACCUGUCCAGUUUGUGGGCGCGCGUGGAGGAAGGACAACUUUUCACUGGGCCGCAUGUGAUGUUGCCUUUCGGUGUGCGGACUAAUGGCUACUUGCUCGACGAUAAUGGUUAUCCCCCGUCGGAAUGGAUAGUCGUUCCUUACGGCAGUCUCGCGCAGCACCCGUCGGAGGCACGGUUCGACAACAAACAGAAGACGGCUAGGGGAGCAGUGGAGAGAGCGUUUGGCAGACUGAAGGGGAUGUGGAGGUUGUUCCUCCGCACCCACAAGUGCAACAUGGAGACCUUGCCGCAACAAUUUGUCGUCGUCUGCAUCCUCCACAACAUACUCAUCGACGCAGGCGUCCCGUUUGACGACAAUCUGCUGUGGGAGGUGGGUUCGGACGGCGUGCGUCGUAGAGUCGAUCUUGGGAUGCAUCAGCCAUUGAGGCCGGUGUGUAUGGAGUCAUCAACAGGCGAUUGCGCUGAUAUUGAGGGACGCGCUAGCGGAGCGGAUGAGUGUGCACUGAGGAUGGUCGUGUGUGCAGGCGGAGACCACGCUAUGACCUUGAUGAGGCGGAAGAACGGAGCUCUGUGAAGUGGGGAAGCAUCGAUUUCGU